AAGUGGUGAAGUGCAUGUUGUGGAUCUUGUCAUCUAUUGCUUUAUUUCCCUUUCUCUCCCUCUUAAUCAAUUGCUUUCUUUAAUGCGUCCUUCCUCUUCCUACAUCCCUCCCCUCUCCCCUUCCAUCUUUAGCCAUUCAACAACCCUCUUCCAGUUUCCCCUUCCAUCAUCAUCAUCAUAUAAACAAGAUCAUAAUGGAAGACUCCAUAAUUAAUGUCUCCAACCAUACUCCAGAUGUUCAGGCUUCCAAGAAAAGGCAAGAAGGCGGCUGAGAAGAUUGUGGUGACAGUGAAGCUUGAAGAAAAUGAAGGGAAAAAGAGGAGUGAAAACUCUUCUUCUUGUGAUUGUUGGUCUUGGAGGAAAUAUGGCCAAAAACCCAUUAAAGGAUCUCCUUAUCCAAGGGGCUACUACAGAUGCAGCACGUCCAAAAGUUGUUCGGCCAAGAAACAAGUGGAGUUAUGUAGAACAGAUGCAUCGAUGCUCAUCAUCACUUACACUUCUACUCAUAAUCAUCCAGACCCUACUCUCCCAAAAAAACCCAAAACCAAAAUCCUCCAUGAUUCUAUUUCCGAAACGAAUACAGCCCCUGAUCCACUAGAUCAAGAGAACGAAAAUCAGAAACCCGUAACUACCAUUGCCGUGGAAGAUGAAGAUGCUACCACCUGCACUGAAAACGAUAACUUCCACUACAUCCAAACCCCAGAAGACGAAACCCGCUUGACACUAAACCUGGAAAAUACAUUCUUUGAUGAAGAGCCCCUCUCAUAUCCCAAUCUCAUGACCUUUUCGGCACCAAAAACCGAAGAAAACGACUUCUAUGACGAACUUGAAGAACUACCCAUGUCUUCCUCAUCGUUCAAGAUUUUCAUGAGAAGCAAUUUUUUUGAGGAGAGAGUUCUUGUUCAACCUCCUUAAUCCCAAUUGUGUAAUUACAUCUAGUUAAGUUGUUCAUAAUAUUAGUUAGCUAGUUAAUAACAUGCUGAAAGGCAUCUUAUUUAAUUUCUCCCUCAACUAUAAUGUUCACAUAUAUAGUGGAUUAGCUAGUGCAUGUUAGCUUCCUAGA